AUGCAGUCAGAGCUUGACUGGAGAAGGGCUGAAGGCCAGGCUGAGUGGAGACCAGCCCAGCAAUAUGCAGUGAACGUGACCCUGGAUUCGGCCUCAGCACACCCCAGCCUGGAGGUCUCCCAGGACGACAGGAGCGUGUCCUCCCGCUGGGCGGCCUUGUUCCCGGCGGUGCCGGGAGACCCACAGCGGUUCACCGAGCAGAUGUGCGUGCUGAGCCACCAGUGCUUCCGGACCGGCCUCCACUACUGGGAGGUGGACAUGUGCCAGCGCAGCCGCUGGUUCCUGGGCGCCUGUCUGGAGGCGGUGGCGCGCGCCGGGCCGGCGCGCCUGAGCCCGGCCGCGGGCUACUGGGUGAUGGGGCUGUGGAACGGCUGCGAGUACUUCGUGCUGGAGCCGCAUCGCCGGGCGCUGUCCCUGCACGUGCUGCCCCAGCGAGUUGGCAUCUUCAUGGACUGCGAGGCUGGGAAGCUGGCCUUUUUCAACGUGUCCGACGGCUCCCACAUCUUCACCUUCACCGACACCUUCUCGGGGCCGCUCUGUGCGUACUUCAGGCCCAGAGCCCCCGACGGCAGCACACGCCCCGAUCCGCUCACCAUCUGCCCGUUGCCCCUUCGAGGAACACCCGUCCCUGAAGAGGAGGACGGUGACACCUGGGCACAGCCUUAGGAGCCCUCGGCGCCCCUCAUGUACCCUUGGUGA